UAUAAGAUCAAGAAAAUUGUGUAUUAGUUUUUGUUGUAAAGUAGUGCAAUUGGGAUAAUGAAAAUAUAUGUGCAAAAUUUAGUUGAAUUAUUAGGUAAUAUCGGAAAAGAAAAUAUAGCAAAUAUAUUUAAUCGUAAUUUAUUGAAGUUUCAAUGAAAUGGGCGAGACAUUUAAGACCCAAACUAUGUGACGUAUCACCCGACUUCCAUUAAGCAACCAUCCUUCUUUCUUUUGCCUCCAAGAUUUGCCCAGCCAGGUGUUCGACGAAACACCAAACUCUCUUCUUCUUCUUCUUCUCUUCUCACAGUAAGCGAGCGCUCCUGUUUCACUUCUCCUCUCUCUCUCUCUCUCUCUCUCUCUCUCUCUCUCUCUCUUUCUCUCUCACUCUCUUCCCUGCCUUUUUGAGAAGGAGGGAGGGAGGCGAAGAGACGUGAAAGGAGUAGGGCGGUGCAAGGGAAGCAAAAGCAGAGGAAGCCGGUGCAUGGACGCGGUGGACGCAGGCCCAUCGAGGGCCGGAGGAAGCGACACGGGUCCACCGUCGGGGGCGGCGGCGCCGAGUAGGUACGAGUUGCAGAAGCGGCGCGACUGGAACACCUUCCUGCAGUACCUGCGGAACCACAAGCCGCCGCUGGUGCUGGCGCGCUGCAGCGGGGCGCAUGUCAUCGAGUUCCUACGUUACCUCGACCAGUUCGGGAAGACGAAGGUGCACCUCUCCGGGUGUGCCUUCUAUGGCCACCCGAGCCCGCCGGCGCCCUGCACCUGCCCGCUGCGCCAGGCCUGGGGCUCCCUCGACGCCCUCAUUGGCCGCCUCCGCGCCGCCUACGAGGAGUCUGGCGGAUCUCCUGAAACCAACCCCUUCGCCGCCCGCGCCGUCCGCAUCUUCCUCCGCGACGUCCGCGACAGCCAGGCCAAGGCCCGCGGCAUCCCCUACGAGAAGAAGAAGCGGAGGCGUGCGCCCACUGCUUCCGACCAAGUCCAUGGCGGAGGUGAGUCUUCCUCUUCCGCCGCUCUCAGUGGCGACAGUUCUGGUUCGGGUGCCGGUGAGGGAUCUGCAGUUCCGCUGUGGGGCUCGUCUAUUUCCUGAUCUCUCUCCCCUCCGCCCCUCUCUCUCUCUCUCCUUGCUUUCUCUUUGUUAGUACUCACUGAGAGAUGGCUAUUCCUUUUGUUCCGCUCAAAACAUGUUUGGAUUCAAUAUGGUGAUCGGCGACUUCAACUCAUGAUUCUGGUCAUAAUGUGCACGAAAAGAUCGAGAUCGUUGCCAUGCUCAUUCUAUUCAGUCUGUUUGGCAGAUCUGAGAGGUGUAAUUCCUUGACAAUCUGCUUAUGUUCCUCUACCUGGUUUCCAAUAUCUCUGUAAUGUCUCGUUCUCUCCCAUCCUCACCUACUUUCAUCAUGCUGUGCUCAUGAGAUCCUUCUCAUCUCGUCUUCUUUUCAGUCAUACACCAGUCAUCUUACUGGAUCUGUUGUGCAGCAACAGCAUAUCUAUCUGUCUCCUAUACGGCUUUAAGCGUUCGUGAAACUCAGAUUUCCGCUGCAACGAGGUCGAACUGAGAGAGAACUCCAUGGUCCCCUUCUGGUGUCAAUCUAGUCCUAACCAACACGUGCGUCUUCGAUCUGACUCACCCUCCCUCUCACUCUCUUUAGCUCUUCUCCUUCCUCCUCUUCCUCUUCCUCUCUCUCUCUCUCUCUCUCUCUCUCUCUCUCUCUCUCUCUCUCUCUCUUCUGCACCUCAACUUCUCUCUCCCUUCUCAGGCUAAGGAACCUUUUUCUUACAGCAGCAUCUGUGAUCAUUACCACCUGAGUCAUGCCUACUUACUUGAGCAAGUUACUGCUGCAUUUUUACUGAUAUCUAUGAUCAUUGCCGCCUUAUUUACACCUUCAACUAUUCAGCCUCAUAACUUUGACUACUGCUCAUCAUCUACUCCUCUCUCUCUCUCUCUCUCUCUCCUUAGUGGAACAGAGCUUUAACAGUAGCAUGUGCUGCAAUGGGGCUUGAUGGCUUCUAAACCUGAAUGAAGUUUUCUUUUAUUUUUCUUUUUUCCUUUCAUUUGGUUUUCUUAUCCUUCAAUGAUGGAGGGGAGUAAGAUAUGUCUGCUGUUCCAGUUGAAAUAUUCCUAAGCAUUCGUGAGCUAAUCAUGAUAGCAGGCACCUUUUUCACACUGUAACUUAAUCAAGUAAGCUAAGGAAGAACAAAGCGGAAAUGGUUCUAAAACCACUUCUGAUUAGCUAUGAACUGUUAAAUGAUGCAUGAAAUGAUUGAUUGAUGUGCUUCACAAUGACAGUUAUCUAAAACUGUGAAUUAAGCCUGCUGUAAUGAAGCCUUCUUAUAAUUA